AUGGAAACCCGAUUUCUGGUUGAAGUCCUGAUACAGUCGAUCAAAAAGGCUCCAACAAUACAAAGAGGCGUCGUGUUCAAAGGGACGAUGGAGAAGGAACGGGAACGGAAGCAAUGGACGAAUACAGUGAGAGGGGAAGACACGAAGUCUCGCAGGCACGACUUCGUUGCUCGUCCGCGAGAAGUCGAUCAAAAAGGCGUCGUGUUCAAAGGGACGAUGGAGAAGGAACGGGAACGAAAGCACUGGACGAAUACAGUGAGAGGGGAAGACACGAAGUCUCGCAGGCACGACUUCGUUGCUCGUCCGCGAGAAGGUUAA